AUAAAUUUUCUCAUAAAUAAUCCUUGUAUUAGUUAUGCGGAUUUCAAAAUUGUAAACCAAACACUUUGAGUAAUUUUAUACAUGAGUAAGUCACCUCCAAACUAGCUACAAACGACCCCUUAAUUGUUUCCAAAGAUUAUUUUUCUUAAAGACGACUUGAAAAAUAAUUCGACAUAAACAGGAGUCAGGGUAAAAACUCUUGCUCUUCCAUAAAGAAAGAAAAAGAAAGACAAAAAUUUCUGAAGAAAAGGUUUUUUUCUCCAUUAAUGGAUGCUCUACAGCUUGUCAACACACACGUCAAGCUCUUAGCCUUCGACUUCCUCAGUACUCUCAAACCAAUCCCUCACGAACCCACCUCUUUUUCUCGCAAAGGGAAGCGCCUAUCCCGCGCAGAGACAGUUGGUAUCAUCGUAAGCAGAGACUAUAAACCCAAUAGAUUUCUUAAAUUCGACAUUGACGAUGGCACUGGUUGCAUCCCUUGUGUCUUGUGGCUCAACCAGGAAACUUCGCGUCAUUUCUCUCGUCGUUGCCCAUCAACUGUUCGAUUAAUUUCCCAAAUGGCUGCUGAUUUUGCUUCUCAAGUUCAGCUUGGGCUAAUUGCUAGAGUUCGUGGAAGGAUUACUAGUUUUAGAGGGAACCUUCAGAUUACUGUUUCUGAUGUUGUUAUAGAGAGAGACCCUAAUUCCCAGAUUCUGCAUUGGUUAGAUUGUUUAAGGUUGGCUCGAAAUUGUUAUGACAAAGUUGUUGUUCCUCCUAAAGCCUGAGUGCUGAUUGAUCUUGAAAUAGAAGAUGUUAUGUAAAUUGUGCAGAUAUGCAAAAUGUUGAAACACAUGAAAUUCACUUAUCCAUAGAACCAUAUUGAGUUGCACAAAACUCCGGUUUGGUUGA